CCCCAGCACGUCUUGUUUUUUUAAUGCUUCCAGGGGUGAGCAGACAGGUAAAAGUUGCAGCGUCAGAAGUUUCUUCCUCUCUCCGACCUGAAUUAACGACUAAAGGAAGGAAGCUGUGUACUUUUGGAGUGUCUGAGCCCCCCCCUCGACGCCCCCACCCCCCACCCAUGCAGGCCCUGACGGUGAGCGACCGUGCAGCCGGAGCCGGGAUGGAAAUGAGUUAAACGAGACAGACGGACAGGUAGAUUUUUUUUUUUUGUGUGGAGAAUGCCGUGACGCAGGCGGGUCGCAUAGAAAAGCCAGAAUCAUGGAGUUCCUGAGGAGCCUGGUUCCUCACGCCAUGUCGGGGGAGGGACCCGUGGAACACUGGGGGGUCCUGCCCCGGGACACGGGCCCGCGGCUCCUCGGCAUCCGGCGCCUGGGCCUGCUGGCCAUGGGACAGACCAUCGAGGAGGUCCCGGCGGACCCGGUGCCCGGGGUCGAUCCGGGCCGCUGGAACCGAACCGGCCUCAAAGGAAACAUCCGUCAUAUUAGAAAAUUCUCCUUUUUCGGUCACGCCGCCGGCGGCGUCAGGGUUCACGAUGCUUCUCCACCGGUCAGCAGCAGCAGCGUGAGUAGGCGCCGCGCCCCCUCCUCGGUGACCCCCCUCUCGUGGGAGAAGCACAGCGCCGCCGCCGCCAUGUCGAGCAUCACCAUCGACCCCGAGCUCAAGCCCGGCGAGUACGUCAUCAAGAGUCUGUUCGCCGAGUUCGCCGUGCUCGCCGAGAAGAAGAUCGAGAUGGUGAUGGCCGAGCCGCUGGAGAAGCCCCUGUCCCGAUCUCUCCAGAGAGGGGAAGAUGCACAAUUUGACCAGUUAAUAAGCUCUAUGAGCUCAAUAGCAGAACACUGUUUGCCCUCCCUCCUGCGCACGCUGUUCGACUGGUACCGGAGGCAGAGCGGCACCGAGGACGAGUCCUACGAGUACCGGCCGCGCUCUAGCACCAAGUCCAAAGGAGACGAGCAGCACCGGGACAAAGACUACCUUCUGGAGCGGAGAGACUUAUCCAUAGAUUUCAUUUUUUGUUUAGUUUCGGUGGAAGUUCUGAAACAGAUUCCUCUUCACCCAGUUCCAGAUGUUCUCGUACACGAAGUCCUGAACCUGGCAUUCAAGCACUUUAAACACAAAGAGGGGUACUGUGGCCCAAACACUGGCAAUGUGCACAUCAUCGCAGACCUGUACGCCGAGGUCAUCGGAAUCCUGACGCAGUCAAAGUUUCAGGCUGUGAGGAAGAAGUUCAUCACAGAGCUGAAGGAGCUCCGGCUGAAGGAGCAGAGUCCCUACGUGGUCCACAGCGUCAUCAGCCUCAUCAUGGGCAUGAAGUUCUUCAGGGUCAAAAUGUAUCCGGUGGAGGAUUUUGAGGCUUCUUUCCAGUUCAUGCAGGAGUGUGCUCAGUAUUUCCUGGAGGUCAAAGACAAGGACAUCAAACACGCCCUGGCCGGCCUCUUCGUGGAGAUCCUCAUCCCGGUGGCCGCGGCCGUGAAGAACGAGGUCAACGUGCCGUGCCUCAAGAACUUCGUGGAGAUGCUCUACCAAACGACCUUUGAACUCAGCUCCAGGAAGAAGCACUCUUUGGCUCUGUACCCUCUGGUGACCUGCCUGCUGUGUGUCAGUCAGAAGCAGUUCUUCCUCAACAACUGGCACAUCUUCCUCCAGAACUGCCUCUCGCACCUCAAGAUGCCGUCUAACAACAGCAUCCGAAAGCAGAUUGAGACGCUGCAGAACAAAGACCCCAAAAUGUCUCGUGUGGCUCUGGAGUCGCUCUACAGGCUGCUCUGGGUUUACAUCAUCAGGAUCAAGUGUGAGAGCAACACUGUGACACAGAGUCGACUACUCAGCAUCGUUUCAGCACUUUUCCCCAAAGGCUCCCGCAGCGUGGUGCCCAGGGACACGCCGCUCAACAUCUUCGUCAAGAUCAUCCAAUUCAUCGCUCAGGAACGACUGGACUUCGCCAUGAAGGAGAUCAUCUACGACCUCCUGUGCGUGGGCAAGUCUCACAAAACCUUCGCCAUCAACCCGGAGAGGAUGAACAUCGGCCUGCGAGCCUUCCUGGUGAUCGCCGACAGCCUCCAGCAGAAGGACGGGGAGCCCCCGAUGCCCACCACCGGGAUCAUCAUGCCCUCCGGCAACACCAUGCGCGUCAAGAAGAUCUUCCUCAACACCACCCUCACCGACGAGGAGGCCAAGGGCAUCGGCAUGUCGGUGUACUACCCUCAAGUCAGAAAGGCCUUAGACAACAUCCUGAGACACCUGGACAAGGAGGUGGGACGCUCCAUGAGCAUGACCAACGUGCAGAUGUCCAACAAGGAGCCCGAGGACAUGAUCACGGGCGAGAGGAAGCCAAAGAUCGAUCUGUUUCGUACGUGCGUGGCCGCCAUCCCACGCCUGAUCCCGGACGGCAUGAGCAGACAAGACCUCAUAGAACUUCUCGCCAAACUGACCAUCCACAUGGACGAGGAACUGCGCGGCCUGGCCUUCACGACCCUCCAGGCCCUGAUGGUGGACUUCCCGGAGUGGCGCGAGGACGUCCUCUCGGGCUUCGCGUACUUCGUGGUGCGCGAGGUGACGGACGUCCACCCCACGCUGCUGGACAACGCCGUCAAGAUGCUGCUGCAGCUGCUCAGCCAAUGGAGGCAGGCGGUGCAGAGCAGCAACAAGAGCCACGACGCCAAGGGCUCGAGCGGCGGCCAUUCUCUGUCCCUGGAGCGCCCCCCUCUGCUGGGCGUGCUGCACGUGGUGGAGGGCUUGGCCCUGGUGGUGCUCUGCAGCUGCCGGCCGGCCACCAGGCGGCUGGCCGUCAACGUCCUCAAGGAGGUCCGCGCGCUGCACACGGCGCUGGGCGUCGGCAAGGGAGACGAGGAGCUCGCCAUCGACGUGAUGGACAGACUGAGCGCGUCGGUGUUGGAGAGCUUCAUUCACCUCACGGGGGCCGACCAGAGCAACCUGCUGUUCUGCCCCAGUGGCAUCGACCUGCAGACGCUGGCGGAGUGGAGCUCGUCUCCCAUCAGCCACCAGUUCGACGUGGUGAGCCCCUCCCACAUCUGGGUGUUUGCACACGUCACUCAGGGCCAGGACCCCUGGGUCAUCAGCUUCUCCAGCUACCUGCGGCAGGAGAACCUCCCCAAGCUCUGCCCCACCGCCCUCAACUACGCCUGGAUGUUCGCCUACACGCGGCUGCAGCUGCUGUCGCCGCAGGUCGACAUCAAUAGCCCCAUCAACGCCAAGAAGCUGAACAGCCUGACCAGCAGUGACUCGUACAUCGGCCUGUGGAGGAACUACCUGAUCCUGUGCUGUAGCUCCGCCUCCUCCUCUCCCUCCAUGUCCUCCUCGUCCUCCACCUCCGGCUCCGUCCGCUGCUCCCCGCCCGAGACGCUGGCGUCCACGCCGGACAGCGGCUACAGCUACGACUCCAAGAUCGUCGGCACUCCGUCCCCCUCGUCCCUCUUCAAACACAUCGUCCCCAUGAUGCGCUCCGAGUGCAUGGACAUCACGGAGUCUCUGGUGCUGGGCCUUGGCAGGACCAACCCCGUGGCCUUCAGAGAGCUGAUCGAGGAGCUCAACCCCAUCAUCAAAGAAGCCCUAGAAAGAAGACCUGAGAACAUGAAGCGGCGCAGGCGGCGCGACAUCCUCAGAGUCCAGCUGGUCCGCAUCUUUGAGCUGCUGGCCGACGGCGGCGUCAUCAGCCAGAUAACCAGCGGCGGGUUGGACGGGGAGAGCCACUCCCUGAACAGCACGCUGCUGGAGUACGUGGACCUGACCCGGCAGCUGCUGGAGGCCGAGAACGACAAGGACUCGGACAUGCUGAAGGACAUCCGCUGCCACUUCAGCGCCCUGGUGGCCAACAUCAUCCAGAACGUCCCGGUCCACCAGAGGAGGACCAUCUUCCCCCAGCAGUCCCUGAGGCACAGCCUGUUCAUGCUGUUCAGCCACUGGGCCGGACCCUUCAGCAUCAUGUUCACGCCCCUGGACCGCUACAGCGACCGCAACAUGCAGAUCAACAGGCACCAGUACUGUGCUCUGAAGGCCAUGUCUGCCGUGCUGUGCUGUGGCCCCGUGGCCGACAACGUGGGGCUCUCCUCAGACGGAUACCUCUACAAGUGGCUGGACAACAUCCUGGACUCUCAGGACAAGAAGGUCCACCAGCUGGGCUGCGAGGCCGUGAUGCUGCUGCUGGAGCUGAACCCGGACCAGAGCAACCUGAUGUUCUGGGCCGUGGACCGCUGCUACACCGGGUCGCGCCGCGUGGCCGCCGGCUGCUUCCGGGCCAUCGCCAACGUCUUCCACAACAGGGAUUACCAGUUUGACACGGUGGUGCUGUUGAACCUGAUCCUCUUCAAGGCGGCCGACUCCUCCCGGGAGAUCUACGAGGUGGCCAUGCAGCUGCUGCAGAUCCUGGAGCCCAAGCUCUUCCGCUACGCCCACAAGCUGGAGAUCCAGCGUGCGGACGGCAUCCUGACUCCGCCCUCUCCGCUGCCGCACCUCUACAGCGUGUCGUACUACCAGCUGUCAGAGGAGCUGGCGAGGACCUACCCCGAACUCACGCUGCCCAUCUUCUCAGAGGUGAGCCAGCGGAUCCAGACGGCGCACCCCGGUGGCCGCCAGGUGAUGCUGCACUACCUCCUGCCGUGGAUGAACAACGUGGAGCUGGUCGACUUCAAGGCGGCCGCGCGGCGCCCGGACGACGGCGGCGGCGAGGAGGACGAGCGCGACACCACGAUGGUCAACAGCCGGCGCUGGCUGCGCGGCGAGGGCUGGGGCUCGCCGCGCGCCACCUCCAUGGUGCUCAACAACCUCAUGUUCAUGACCGCCAAGUACGGAGACGAGUUCGCGUGGUCGGAGAUCGAGAACGUCUGGACCACGCUGGCCGACAGCUGGCCGAAGAACCUGAAGAUCAUCCUGCACUUCCUCAUCGGCAUUUCGGGCGUGGGCAGCGAGCCCAGCCUCCUGCCCUACGUGAAGCGGGUCGUGGUCUACCUGGGCAGAGACAAGACGAUGCAGCUGCUGGAGGAGCUGAUGAGCGAGCUGGAGCUCACGGAGCCCGUCUGCUCGGCCGUGACGCACAUGGACAACCCGCCGUUCUACCGCAUCUCCUCCAGCCACAAGGUCCCCUCCGUCACCUCCGGAACGACAUCCAGCACCAACACCAUGGUUCCAGGUAGCGAGGGUCAUCACGACAGCAAGAUCAAAGACUCCAACAUGGAGGACAGCUACACCCACCUGGACAUCUACAGCGGGCUGAACAGCAACCUGAACCGGCAGCACCACCGCCUGGAGUCGCGCUACAGCAGCAGCUCUGGAGGCUCCUACGAGGAGGAGAAGAGUGACUCCAUGCCUCUUUACGCCAACUGGCGUCUGAAGGUGAUGGAUCACGACCGGCCCGAGCCACUGCCCUUCCCCCCCACGGGGGGCUGCUGGUCCCCCCUCGUGGACUACCUGCCGGAGACCAAUUCCCCCGGCGUGCCCCUCCACAGGUGCAACAUCGCAGUCAUCCUCCUCACGGACCUGAUCGUGGACCACGGGGUCAAAGUGGAGUGGGGUGCCUACCUGCACCUCCUGCUCCAUGCAAUCUUCAUAGGCUUUGACCACCAGCACCCGGAGGUGUACGAGCACUGCAAGCGUCUUCUGCUCCACCUGCUCGUGGUCCAGGGCGCCAACAGCAGCGUCCAGUCCGUGGCCAUGGUGCUGUUGCGCAACCGAGACUACAACGAGCCGCGGGUCCUGACCGUGAAGCCGGUGGCGCCGGAGAUCAACCUCACGGGAGUCCAGGAGCUCUUGUCGGACUGCCAGCCGUCCCCCAUGACGGACUCCGGCCUCAGCUCCAGCUCCACCUCCUCCAGCAUCAGCCCGGGCGCCGCCCUCCCGCACCUCGCCCCCCCGCACCUCGCCCCCCCGCUCCUCAGCGAGGUCGACGCCACCGCCGAGCAGGACGAGAAGGUCAAGUCUCUCAUCGAGUUCAUCACCUCCAGGAAGCGCGGCCCGCUGUGGAACCACGAGGACGUGUCGCCCAAGAACCCGAACAUCAAGAGCGCCGAGCAGCUGAGCGUCUUCGUCCGCCACGUGGCGACCGUCUUCAAGCUGUCGCCCUCAGGCUUCCAGCUGGAGUUGUUGCUGAGCGAGGUCGCCCUCCAGACGGCGCUGUCGUGCUCCUCGCGCCACUACGCCGGCCGCUCGUUCCAGAUCUUCCGGGCGCUCAAGCAGCCGCUGACGCUCGCCACGCUGUCCGACAUCCUGUCUCGGCUGGUCGAGACCAUCGGGGACCCGGGAGAGGAGGCGCAGGGCUUCGUCAUCGAGCUGCUCUUGACUCUGGAGUCGGGCAUCGACGCGCUGGCCGACACGGUGAAGAACUACGACCUCCUCACCGCCUUGGCGCAGACCUCCGCCCGCGACCACCUGCUGCUGGGUCCCAAGUUGGCCGCCAACAGGAAGAGCACGGGGCAGCUGAACCUGAGCAGCGGCGGCCUCUUCCACAACGCCCACGCCCGCAGCAGCUCGCUGCGCGCCAGCCUGAUGGGCGAGCGGAAAGCCGACCGGCGUCGCAGCAACACGCUCGACGUCGCCGACCGGCUCGCCGGCAGCCACGGCAACCUGGCGCGCACCCAGAGCUUAUCGUCGCUGGGCGGCGGCGGGGGUCCAGGAGGGGACGCCAUCCCCCCCGUGGACCCUUCCAACCUGAUGGCCACCGUGUUCUGGAUCGCCGCCUCGCUGCUGGAGUCGGACUACGAGUUUGAGUACCUGCUGGCCCUGCGGCUACUGAACAAGCUGCUGGGCCAGUUGCCCCUGGACCGCGUGGACAGCCGUGAGCGGCUGGAGAAGGUCCAGGCCAAGCUCAAGUGGUUCAGCUUCCCCGGGCUGCUGCAGCUGCUCCUCAAGGGCUUCACCUCGGCCUCCACGCAGGAGCUCACCAUCCACCUGCUCAGCAAGCUCAUCAGCGUGUCCAGGCAGACGCUGGUGGACCCGUCGCAAGUGGCAGGUUUCCCCCUGAACAUCCUGUGCCUGCUGCCGCACCUCAUCCAGCACUUCGACAGCCCGACGGCGUUCUGCAAGGAGACGGCCGACAAGAUCGCCAAGCUGUGCGCGGAGGAGAAGUCGGCCACGCUGUCCAACCUGGCCCACAUGCUGAGCCUGUACAGCACGCACAGCUACUCCCGGGACGCCACCAGCUGGAUCAACGUGGUGUGCCGCUACCUGCACGACGCCUUCGCCGACAUCACCCUCAACCUGGUCACCUACCUGGCAGAGCUGCUGGAGAAAGGCCUUCCCAGCAUGCAGCAGUCCUUGCUGCAGAUCAUCCACAGCCUGCUGAGCCACAUCGACCUCUCGGCCGCCCCCGUCAAGCAGUUCAACCUGGAGAUCAUGAAGAUCAUCAGUAAAUACGUCCAGAGCCCCCAUUGGAAGGAGGCGCAGAACAUUCUGAAGCUGGUGGUGUCGCGCUCCGCCAGCCUGGUGGUGCCCGACGACGUGCAGCGCUCCUACAGCACCGAGUCCUGCGGCUCCCCGGAGAUCGCCUUCACGCGCAUAUUCAACAACUCCUCCAAGGAGCUGCCCGGGAAGACCCUGGACUUCCACUUCGACAUCUCGGAGACGCCGAUCAUCGGGCACAAAUACGGUGACCAGCGCACGGCGGCGGGCCGGAACGGGAAGCCGCAGGUGAUCGCCGUGACGAGGAGCACCUCCUCCACGUCGUCCGGCUCCAACUCCAACGGGCUGGUGCCGGUGAGCUGGAAGAGGCCUCAGCUCUCACAGAGAAGAACCAGAGAGCGGCUGAUGAACGUCUUGUCUUUAUGCGGCCCGGAGUCUGGCAUGCCCAAGAAUCCCUCAGUGGUGUUCUCGUCCAACGAGGAUCUGGACUCCGCGGACCAGCAGACCAGCCUCAUCCCCACCGUGGAGGAGGUGGUCCGGGAGGAGGAGCUGCAGGGAGAAGACGCCGGCAGCGAGCAGCAGUUUGGCGUCUUCAAGGACUUUGACUUCUUGGACGUGGAGCUGGAGGACGCCGAGGGCGAGAGCAUGGACAACUUCAACUGGGGCGUGCGGCGCCGCUCCCUGGAGAGCAUGGACAAAGGGGACACGCCCUCGCUGCAGGAGUGCCAGUACGCCGGCAGCACGCCGAGCCUCAACCUCACCAACCACGAGGACACGGACGAGUCGUCGGAGGAGGAGGGGCCGGGCGCCGGCGGCCAGAGCCUCCUCGCCCGCUCCGGCCUGCUCCACAGCGACUCCGCUGACCCGGCCUCCAACCACGUGGACGCCCUGCAGCGCUCUCAGGAGGAGGCCCCGCCCCCCCCGCCCUCCUCGCCCCCCCUCCCCCGGGCGGACAGCCCCCCCUCGGAGGCGGUGCGCCCCGACGGCAGCCGGCGGCCUGAGGACGCCGUGAGCGCGACGGCGGCGGCGGACGAUCUAAGCAGCGGCGUGAGCGAGGACACGGGGUUUUGCAGCGCCCCCCCUCUGCCCCCUGACCCCUCGGAGCCGUGUGACCCCCUGGAGACCCGGGAGCCUCGGGAAGACCUGGACCCGGCGGCCCCUCCCCCGCCGGCCAUAGACGCUCCGCCGGGGUCCCUCUGUUGUGAGGAGGACCCCCAGAGGCUCCUCCCCCUGUCGCUGCCCACGGCACCGGAGACCGACCCGGACCCGGACAGCACCUGUGGGUCCGGGUGGGAGGAGGACGUGACCCGGGCCCUGAAGGAGCUGGACGAGCGCUGUGAGGAGGAGGAGGCCGACUACUCCAGCAUGUCCAGUCAGGAUGAGGGCGACUGCUUCCCGGAGGUCCGGCCCUCUCCGCCCCCGUCGCCCUUCCUCUCCGCCAUCUUGGCGGCGUUCCAGCCGGUCGCCUGCGACGACGAGGAGGACGCCUGGCGUUGCCACGUCAACCAGAUGCUGUCGGACACCGACGGCUCCUCCGCCGUGUUCACCUUCCACGUGUUCUCCAGGCUCUUCCAGAGCAUCCAGAGGAAGUUCGGCGCCGUCACUCACGCCUCCGUCCGUUUCCUUGGCGACCGGCUCCAGCGAAUGGGCAACCAGUUCCUCAGCUCGCUGGAGGUCAUGACCUCGCGCUCGCGCUGCCCCACCGUGCUGCUGGACGCCGAGACGCUGGUCUCUUGUGGACUGUUGGAGACUCUGAAGUUUAGUGUGCUGGAGCUGCAGGAACACCUGGACACCUACAACGCCAAGAGGGAGGCGGCGGAGCUCUGGCUGGAGAACUGCAGGAAGACCUUCGGGGACAAAGAUGGCAGCCAGCAGCCCGACACUCAGGCUCAGCAAAUGGAAAAUCUAGCAGAGCUGGAGUUGUGCCGCCGGCUCUACAAGCUGCACUUCCAGCUGCUGCUGCUGUUCCAGGCCUACAGCAAGCUCAUCAGCAGGGUGGACUCCAUCAAGAGGGAGGCCCAGGUGACCAACAUGUCCGAGGAGCUCAGCGUCCUCGAGGGCUGUCUGAAGGAGGCCGAGGCGGGAAACGGCGGCCAGGAGGACGUGUGCAUGUCGGACUCCCCCCCGACCGACACGGAGACCGCCAUCCAGGCCCUCCUCGAAACGCUGAGGGCCAGAGACUUCGGCGCCGCACUCACACAGGUCAAGGUCUUCAGGUCUCUGUGGCCCAACGACAUCUUCGGCAGCGAGGCCGACGACGCGGUCCAGACGCUGCUGCACGUUUACUUCCGGCACCAGACGCUGGGCCAGCCCGGCUGCCUGGCCGUGGUGGGCCGCGGCGGGGACCCGUCGCAGGCCGCCGCCCGCCUCACGGAGCUCAACCUGCAGAUCCGAGAGGCUCUGGGUCGGGCCCAGGCCCGCCCCCCCCUCACCACCACGGUCAGCACCGGACUGUGAGAGCCACCGGUUCUGGUUCUGCACCGGACCGGACUAGUAGCACCCCCCUCAGCGAGGGGCUCCACCGUAAGGGCUCACGGACGAGUGGGACGAGACCCUUCAUAUAUUAUUGCUACGCGUAUGAAUGCUUUAAGCCCACCUCGUGUUCCCGGGCCGAGCCGAACGAGCAGAAUCCCGUUGCAAUAAGUUGGUGUCGUCACCCGGGAAACAACAAGCGGACGCAGCGGCGAGGACUUUAUUUUAUUUUUAUUUCUUGCUGGAUCGAACCUGAUUGGUCCAUCACAGCGACCUCGUGAGGGGGGGGGGGGGUCCGGAUGAUGCAACAGAAGCAUGUGAAACGGAUCCAGGAACUUUGUUUUGUUUUUGUUUUUUCAAAAGAAGCUUGAAAGAAGAAAAAAAAACACUGCAAGAAUAUUUUUUGGAGAAAUGUAUUUUUUAUUCGAGCUAACAUC